AAUGGAUGUUUUGCAUAUUUGCGACUCAGAUCCUGAACUUUUUGAUAGAAAUUCCACGACUCAGUUACUGGUCAUUCAAUGGCUUUCGACAAUGGCUGGAUUGUAUAAUCUGUUUGUUCACCCAUUCCUUUGCCUUUUGAUAUGCCCUCUUGGUGUUCUAGCUAAUUUUGUUCAUAUCUUGGUGCUAACUAGAAGGAAAAUGAGACGAUGUGCUAUUAAUAAUUGCUUGAUAGGAAUUGCUAUAUGUGAUAUAUGCACAAUGACAAGUUACCUUGUCUAUAUAUUACGUUUUGAAAUAUGGACUCGAAUUACGAGUAUUAAAACAAUCAGUUAUUUUUGGGCUACUUACUUACACUUUCAUGCCACUAGUUCAAUUUGCUUGCAUACAAUUGCCUUAUACAUGUCAGUUACAAUGGCACUUAUUCGAUGGCGUGUAAUGAGCCAACCAUUUUCUAAAGUUGUUUUUCAGCCAAUUUUAUCUUGGAAAAUAUUCGGAUCAGUGACAGCUGUUGUUUCUAUGCUUUGUAUCCCUACAUAUUUAGUUCACGAUGUGAUAAACUUUGGUGCUUAUUUUUUUAGUGUUGAUAUAUCCGAAUGGGCACGUUCUAAUAAUUGUCGUUAUUUCAAAUUAAAUCUGUUCAUUAUUGGCAUAGUUUUAAAGGCUAUACCUUGCUUCCUUCUUCUUUGGUUCACUCUUGCUUUAAUGAGACGGUUACGUGAAAACAAUGCUAAACGUGCACAAUUGUUAAAAGACCAAAACAAAAAAUCGUUGAACUAUGACCGUACAACCUUUACACUCAUCGUCGUUUUAGGAGUUUUCCUCUUGACUGAACUGCCUCAAGGAGUUCUGACUAUUCUUAAUGGGAUAUUCACUAACGACGUUCAUACAGUUUUUUAUAUGAAUCUUGCAAAUCUUUUGGAUUUGCUUUCGUUAAUUAAUUGUUAUGUUGGAUUUCUUGCUUAUUGUUUUCUAUGUACCAAAUAUCAGCAAACAUUUGUUUUGAUGAUUUUCACCUGGUUAGAUUUGCUUAUUUGUUAUUAUAGGUCAGGGAUCCUGCGUCCCGAUUUCCGAAAUCGGGAAUUUUGUUUUUUUGUCGGCAGGAUGCUUGUUAUAGGUAUUCCCAUUUAUUUAAAAAAUUCCAUAAGAUUUUUAUAUUUUAAAUUCAUUUAUGAACAUUGUUGCUUAUCUUUAUUAACAUUAUUCUAG